UGGGGGGGCAUGCUGCUUGAGAUGACGUGGCAAGGAAAGACCUCUUCCCAGGAGGUGACCACAGAGGGGAGGCCUGGUGGAUGGGCUGAGCCAGCCAGGUGGAGAGCUCGGCGAAGAGCAAAGGCGUAGUCCUGGAGGUGGGAACGCUGGUCAAGCAGUGGAAGGAGAUCUUUCUGUUGGGUGCAGAGAACGGGGAAAGAGUGGUGGAGGAUGAAGUGAAGGGGACGAGUUGUCCUGUAGGAGAAAGCACUUGGAUUUUAUUCUAAGGACAAUAGGCAGCCACUGGAGAAUUUUAGAUAGGGUAACGAUGGGGAUUUUUUUUUUUUAAUCUUUUUAAAGCAGGGAGAUGGGUUAACAACCAAUUCCAGUUAGAAUACGUGCAAAGUUGUGCCCAACAAUACAUUAGUCACGGCCACUGUUGCUGUGCAGAUUUAACUAAAGUUAAAUACGCUCAGCGCCUCAAUCACACUAGCUACAUUUUGAGUGCUCAAAAGUCACAUGUGGCUGGCGGCUACUGUGCUGCACGGUGUGGAUGGAGGACACUUCCAUCAUCACAGACGUCUACCAGGCAGGAGACGAGUAAAUGGUGGGUAUUAAGUAUGUUACGUCCUUGGGGUUUUUCCUCGAUGUAUUGACCUGUGUAAUCAACUCGUCAUGAAAUGCGUCCACUACCUUUGUUUUAUUAAAGCAAAUUCACGCCCGACUGGGUUUCAUACACUGCCUCUCUGCUCUUCAUAUGCAUACAUUUUUUUUUUCAACAAAUGUUUAAGUGCCCAUGCUGCACUUGGGGUUGGUGGCAGUGGGAGACGGUGGCACCAAAGACGGCAGUCUGCACAGAUCCCGCCUGCCAGGGUCUUUGAAGGAAAAUGGGCUCUGCUUGGGUGAAGCAGAGCCUGGUCCUUGAGUGUCCCAAUCCCCAGAGGGAGAAAGAGUGGAGGAAAGAAGUGGGCUCGGCCUUGGCCUUGGCCUGGGCUAUGUCGUGAGGAUACUGGCCUGACAGAACCUGGGCCUGUGUCGCGCUCCUAGGAGUCAGUUCUGCAGGCCACAGUUUACACACCUGCCACCAUGCUUGACUGUACAGAGACCAGGGCAGGUGCAGGGUCUGGCUAGAGCCCCCACACUGACCAGGCUGGAGCCAGGAGCCAGACCUAGUGCUGGUCUCCUAAGAUGCCCGCCUGCCCUCCACGCUGAGGCCUUUGCAGAUUGCUGGCCGGAGACUGGCCAGCUCCUCUCCAGGAAGCCUCUCCCCUUCCUGGGGAUUGCUCGGCUUGUAGGCCUGUGAAGAUGGAGGGCUCCGCUGAGAUGGAGAUGCUGAGGACACUGAAGGGGCCUUCCGCAGGGGAGGUCAGCGUGCACCUGGUGACCAGAGACAGCCCAGGCUCCGGUCCUCACCUGCCCACUACCGCCUUCAUCAUUCCAGCCAGUUCGGCCACGCUUGGCCUGCCCAGCAGUGCCCUGGAUGUGUCCUGCUUUUCCCAGGAGCCAGUCCAUGUGGGCGCCCCAGAGCGGGUGUCCGGCAGCGAACCCGUCACGGCCGCCGUUCUGCCCCAGCUAACCGCUGGGCCAGCGGGCAGCUCUAGCGCUACCACAGUGCGGCUCCUGGAGUGGACAGAGGCCGCGGCCCCGCCCCCCGGGAGCAGCCUGCGGUUCCGGAUAAGCGAGUACGCGCCCCUGAACAUGGUGGGAGUGGAGCAGCCACCGAGCCCCGAGCCGCGGCGAGAAGGCGUGGCCGAAUACGAAGAUGGCGGGCUCCCGGCCGGGGGUGGCGACUCGGGCACCCCACAGCCCGAGACCCUCCCCCAGGAGCCUCCAGAAGACCCCGCUCAGGACCCUCCCGAGGAUGGUAGCGCCUGUCCGUGCCGGGCCUGUGGGCCUCAGCACAGCGCCGGUCCAGAUCCUGGUUCCUCCAACCAUGGCUGCGCUCCGCUGUUCCAGGAGCGGUCAGUCAUAGUGGAGCACUCUUCGAGCUGCGCCGGGGCCGAGCUCCUCAAACCCGUGAAGAAAAGGAAGCGCAGGGAAUACCAGAGCCCGUCCGAGGAGGAGUCGGAGCCAGAGGCCGUGAAAGGAGAAGGAGGGAAGGAGCCAGAGGAACGGCCCGCGGCCAGCCCCCCCGAGAGUGAGGAGCGGAGCAGCAGCCAGCCUGCAGCGGCGGCUUCAUCAGGCGAGAAGGAAGGCUGGUCCUGGGAGUCCUACCUGGAGGAGCAGAAGGCCGUCACUGCCCCCGCCAGCCUCUUCCAAGACUCCCAGGCGGUCCCUCCUAACAAGAAUGGCUUCAAACUGGGCAUGAAGCUGGAAGGCAUUGACCCCCAGCACCCGUCCAUGUACUUCAUCCUCACCGUGGCUGAGGUGUGUGGCUACCGCCUGCGUCUGCACUUUGAUGGGUAUUCCGAGUGCCACGACUUCUGGGUCAAUGCCAACUCCCCUGACAUUCACCCUGCUGGCUGGUUUGAGAAGACCGGGCACAAGCUGCAGCCUCCCAAAGGUUACAAGGAGGAGGAGUUCAGCUGGAGCCAGUACCUGCGCAGCACCAGAGCUCAGGCUGCCCCCAAGCACCUGUUUGUGAGCCAGAGCCACAGUCCCCCACCCCUGGGCUUCCAGGUGGGCAUGAAGCUGGAGGCUGUGGACCGCAUGAACCCGUCUCUUGUCUGCGUGGCCAGCGUGACCGACGUGGUGGACAGUCGCUUCCUGGUGCACUUUGACAACUGGGACGAUACUUACGACUACUGGUGUGAUCCCAGCAGCCCCUACAUCCACCCAGUGGGCUGGUGCCAGAAGCAAGGAAAACCCCUCACCCCUCCACAAGAUUACCCAGACCCUGACAGCUUCUGCUGGGAGAAAUACCUGGAGGAAACUGGGACCUCCGCCGUGCCUGCCUGGGCCUUCAAGGUGCGACCGCCUCACAGCUUCUUGGUCAACAUGAAGCUGGAGGCCGUGGACCGCAGGAACCCAGCCCUGAUUCGUGUGGCCAGCGUGGAGGAUGUGGAGGACCAUCGGAUAAAGCUGCACUUUGAUGGCUGGAGUCACGGCUAUGACUUCUGGAUUGAUGCCGACCACCCAGAUAUCCACCCUGCGGGCUGGUGCUCCAAGACAGGACAUCCCCUGCAGCCUCCUCUCCGGCCCAGGGAGCCCAGCACUGCCUCCCCUGGGGGCUGCACCCCUGUGAGCUAUAGAAGCUUGCCGCCCACCAGGACCUCCAAAUACAGCUUCCACCACCGAAAGUGCCCCACUCCUGGCUGCGACGGCUCGGGCCACGUCACAGGCAAGUUCACAGCUCACCACUGCCUCUCGGGCUGCCCGCUGGCGGAGAGGAACCAGGGCCGGCUGAAAGCGGAGCUGUCUGACUCAGAGGCCUCAGCCCGCAAGAGGAGCCUCUCCGGCUUGUCCCCAAGGAAGAAGCCUCGCCACCACGGCCGGAUCGGACGCCCUCCAAAGUAUCAGAAGAUUCCACAGGAGGAUUUCCAGACACUCACUCCCGAUGUCGUGCACCAGUCCCUCUUCACAUCGGCCCUGGCGGCCCACCCGGACCGCUCGCUGUCCGUGUGCUGGGAGCAGCACUGCAAGCUCCUGCCUGGGGUGGCGGGCAUCUCGGCCUCGACAGUCGCCAAGUGGACCAUCGAGGAGGUCUUUGGCUUCGUUCAGACCCUGACAGGUUGUGAGGACCAAGCACGCCUCUUCAAAGAUGAGAUGAUUGACGGCGAGGCCUUCCUUUUGCUGACACAGGCGGACAUUGUGAAGAUCAUGAGUGUCAAGCUGGGCCCAGCCUUGAAGAUCUAUAACGCCAUUCUCAUGUUCAAAAACGCCGACGACUCCUUAAAGUGACUGUCAGGCCCGGGGCCUUUGCUGGGCCUCCCGCGCCCGCCGAUGCUUCUUUCCCGGCCUCAGUUCCUCGUGUCCCGUUCUGUCCCCGUCCUCUGGGUCUGACAGGGGCUGGUCCUUCCUGGGUGGAGCAGAGGGGUCCUGGGAAGGUGGAGUCCUGGGGCUCGCUUGCCACCACACACACCAGGGAGGUGUCCCUGGGCUGGGGGCAUUACCGAUGGGGCAGGCUGAAGGGGCCCUGGCCCAGGCAGCCCCACGCCAAAGGUCUUUUUCUGAGCAGUGCACAGGAGUGGAGGGACUGGAGGUCUUCAGUCUGCGGUCCCUUCCCCUUGUUGGCUCCACCACGACCGCCCCCUUCUGUCUGCUGGCUUUGCUGCCCUCCUUUUGUGGCCUGGUUUCCUGGGCGGCGCCCCCCAGCCAAGGCCCAGGCAAGCCCCUGGCUCUUCCCCCUAGAUGUGUGGGCCUCAGAAACUUGUCCUGGGAUCCACUGGGAGCCUCCGGCCACCUUCCACCCUUUAGCUCAGAAGUGGGGGACCCUGCGCCUGGACACCUGCUAGAACAUGCCCCAUCCUGGCCCACUUGGCAUCGUGGUGUCCUACGCCAAGUCCUCGUUCCGGCUGGGGGAAGUGAUGAGAGCCCUGUGCAGCUGGCAGAAGUCUCCACUGUGUUCUCCACACACCCGUCCUGUGUUGGGCCUGGGCGGGAGGAAGCCCGGCCUGGCAGGUAGCCCUGGCAGGAGGCCAGCCCGAGGGCCUGUCAAACCAUCCCGAGUCUGGCCAGUGGGGCAGCUCCAGCAGGCGUGGGACUCCCCAAGCUGGGCACAGCGUCCUCUGUGUGGCUGUAGAUCUCAGCUAAAGUAUUGCCCGGAGCGCGAGGGCCCCAUGCCCGCCUGCCAGGCCUCUGUCUUGAGAAUGUAGCACUGUGUCACGUGACAUCGCCUCCCGUCUGUCCCUUAGAGUGUUAGAACGGCCAGAUUGGGAAGGUGGACUCCUCUCUUCAAGUACUCCAGGUCCUUUAAGCCCUUCUCCGCACCCCUUGUGUCUUACACUGCCACCUGGAGCCCGACUGGGGCUCUGGGACUUCCUCACCCCGUCAGGUGGGUGCCCAGCCUCCUCCAAGCCACUGCCAAACCUGCGUGCUAGGACGGGCCAGAGUGCCCGGCAGGAGCCAGGGAGGCGAGGGGCCAAGGCCACGCCUCCCCGCCCCCAGGUGCUGAGAUGAACCUGCAGGGUGUGGGACCAGGGGCCUUCCCCAAGCCCAUUCUCUCAGUCAUGUGUGUGCAUGUGUGUGUGUGCACGUAUGUGUAGGGUACUCUUAGCAGUGUUUGAAAGGGUGCUCAGUGUUGGGAAAACGUCAAGGGCUAUUGUUGCUCACGUACAAAGCUUUAUUUUUUCCUUAGAAGCAGGAUGCCCAAAGCUCUGCUGCUUUCCUGCCACAGUCCCUGGCAGGGGCCCCGUCUCCCAAGGGGGAGGACAGCCGUGCAGCCCCUGCCUUCAGACCUGAGAGGCAUCUCUGAGCACAACUUUCCUGGGAGGGCACAGGGCAAGGCCAGCCGUGAGGUGAGGGUCGGGUUUAUAGAGGCCAUGUGGUGCCGUGUGGCCCAGGGCAGGAGGAGCAAGUCCAAGCCUCUCUUUCAUCUUGUCACCUGGGUUAGAACAAAACUCAUCAACUGCUCAUCCUGCAACACUCGCCAGCUUGUGGGGUGCUCACAGCUGGUGCUGGGGGCCUCCUGGCCCCUAAGGACAGAGGCCAUGGCAGCUUUGCUGUGCAGGUGCACCCGGCGUGCCAGCCACCUAAGAACUCGCCUUUCUGAAAGGCCAAGUGAGCCAAGGACCAUGGAGAAAAAGACUCAGGCUGUGGGGCCUCAGCGCUUUCUGCACUAACAUUGAACUCUUUGGGAAGAGAACAACUCAUCAGAUGUGGCAAGAAGUCUGGCCUCUGUUCACCUCACUGCCCCUUCACCCCAUUCUGUCCCCAGCAGAGAUCAUCACCCCUUGACCUGGGAAUGCAGUGAGGGAGGGAGUUGGCCGUGGCCGCCCCUGCUGCCCUGUGCCCGGCUCUCGAGCAGUGGGUGCCACUUACCCUUUGACUCCUGCAGGCGCGCCCAGCCCCGCCCAGCCCUGGCCUAGGGCGGGGAGGACGGUCCCAGAGUUUGCGAACGAAGCCUUUUUGCACUUUUGAUUCACAUGCACUGUGGUGGGAUUGCAUUUCUGUACUUGCCUCUGUGCGUGUGGGUGUGCACGUGUGUGCGUGUUCUCUCAGAAUCCACUGGUGUAAGCUGAAGCGACUCCGACUCCGGGGUGAGAACAGGUUGCAGAUGAGAUGUGUGAUUUGUCCUGUACUGAAACAUGGUGAAUAAACGUGAGCCUCUGGAUGAGACGCAGCAGAGUCUGGUCCAUUGUCCCCCGGAAACACCCAGAAAACGCAAAGGGAGCAUGUCGUGAAGAGGCCGACGGGUUCUCCUGGCUGUACAUUGGUCUGUGAGCUGGCAGGGACGCAGCAGAAACACCAGGUGUGAUCACCGUACCCUCUCCCUCGUCAGUAUCCUUCAUAGCUCUGCCUGUGGCUCCUCCAGACCCAGCCGAGAGAGCGCACACCACACAGCCACCCAGGAGCCCGUUACCUCGACCCUGCACUGGCAGCUAGCUUGACCCAGCACAGUGGUGCCAGAGUAGCUUCGUCUCUGACUUUAGCAUGAACAAAACCCUAAGGGCUACCCAAGGAAGCCACUAGGGUUUGGGAAGGCUUAGCUCCAACUUCCCUUUUUGUAGUCCUGAAACCUCCUGUGCUGUUACCUUCUCCAGUGUCUCAAUAGAUGUCCAUCGGCGUCACAGAGAAACUGAACAUCCGCUCCUGCCUGCUACUACAUCUGCUCGUGUCCCCCUCCCGCACCCAUCCUUCCCCCUCUCCUGUUCAGGGGGAGAGUUGAUGCUUCCACUUGUCAAAAGCAAAUCCUCCACCAACCAAUGGUUGCAAUAAGAGGAAAAGAAGCAUGGAGGGACAACGAAGAGUUUUUGGAAGCUUAAAAUGUGAUCGCUGAGAUUUAAAAAAUCAACACAGGUUUGAAAGUUGAGGACUUUGCCCAGAAAGUAGAAUAAACAUAGAUGGCAAUAGAAUGAAAGGAAGAAGUUAGAGAAGCUAAGAGGAAUUCCAAUGGGCGCGAGAAGAGGACAUAAGUUUGAUUAAUCACAAACUUAAGGGGCAGGCUUUUGGCCUGCUGGUUAAAAUGCCCACGUCCCAUAUUGGAGCACCUGGGUUCAAUGCCCACCUCUGGCUCCUGGCCCUAGCUUCCUACUGUUGCAGAGCCUGGGAGGCAGCAGUGAUGGCUCAGGUGCUUGGGUUCAACAGAAAAUGAACCUAGGUAAAACAACUUAUCAACAUAGUACGGGGGUGGAGGGGAGCGAGGUUAUCUCAAUUGCCACAGAAAAGGCAUUUGACAAAAUCCAUUUUCAUGAUUUAAAAAAAACACUCAGAAAACUAUGAAGAGAAGGGAACCAUGCUGUGAAAGGCUGAAUUUUCUCCCAAAUAUCACGAAUAAGACAGAUAUGCUUUUUUAAAAAAAAUAUAUUUAUUUGAGAGGCAAAAUUACAGAGACAGAGGGAGAGACAGAGAUCUUCCAUCUGCGGACUCAUUCCCCAAAAGGCUGCAAUGGCCACAGCUGGACAGGGCCAGAGUUAGGAGCCAGAAGCUUCUUCUAGGUCUCCCACAUGGGUGCAGGGGCCCAAGCACUUGGGCCAUCUGCUGCUGCUUUCCCAGACACAUCAACAAGGAGCUGGAUUGUAAGUGGAGCAGCUGGGACUUGAACCGUUGCCCAUAUGGGGUGCCAGCAUCACAGAUGGUGGCUUAACCUACUGCACCACAAGGCCAGUCCUGACCAAUGAUGCUUCCUUUCACUUCUGCUAUUGAAUCUUAUACUGCAAAUUCUAGA